UCCAGUCGUCAUCAAUCCCAUGAUUAAUUUCUCUCUCUCUCGCUCUCUCGCUCUCUCUCUCUCUCCCUCAUGGUGUCUCCCUUUCUUUCCAAUGGCUUCGCUUCACUCACAGAAAGCUAAUGGCGAUACUUGCGACUCUGCCCAGGUAUCCAAGAAGCCCAGGCUCUCUCUCUCCCCAUUAUUCAUCACUGACUCUGAUAUCCGAUCCGAAUUCGCCCACCACGACCACGCCGUCGCCCGGCUCAACAACGGCAGCUUCGGAUGCUGCCCGGCCUCCGUCUCCGCCGCACAGGCCCAAUGGCAGCUCCGCUUCCUCCGCCAACCAGACCACUUCUAUUUCAACCAGCUCCAACCCGGAAUCCUCCGGUCUCGGACCCUCAUCAAGGAACUCGUCAACGCCGACGAGGUUGACGAGAUCUCCCUCGUCGACAAUGCCACCACCGCCGUCGCCAUCGUCCUCCAGCGCACCGCCUGGGCCUUCUCUGAGGGCCGCUACUGCCGCGGCGAUGCGGCCGUCAUGCUUCAUUACGCCUACGGCGCCGUCAAGAAGUCCAUCGGAGCGUACGUCGCACGCUCCGGCGGGUAUGUAAUCGAGGUCCAGUUACCUUUCCCUGUAAAUUCAAAUGAAGAAAUCGUAAAUGAAUUCAAAAAGGCCCUGGAGAGAGGCAAAUCUGGUGGUCGGAAAGUGAGAUUAGCCGUAAUUGAUCACGUCACUUCGAUGCCCUCUGUGGUUAUACCCGUUAAAGAAUUAGUAAAGAUUUGCAGAGACGAAGGUGUUGAACAAAUCUUCGUAGAUGCUGCCCAUGGAAUUGGGUGCACGGAUGUUGAUAUGAAAGAUAUUGGGGCUGAUUUUUACACCAGUAACUUGCACAAAUGGUUUUUUUGUCCUCCUUCUGUUGCAUUUUUGUACUGUCGGAAAUCUCCGGCGAUGGCAGCUGCGGCGGAUUCCGACUUGCACCAUCCGGUAGUGUCUCAUGAGUACGGAAAUGGAUUGGCCAUAGAGAGUGCUUGGAUUGGGACUAGGGACUACAGUGCUCAACUGGUUGUUCCUUCUGCGUUUGAAUUUGUCAAUAGGUUUGAGGGUGGAAUUGACGGAAUUAAGAGGAGAAACCAUGAAGCUGUUGUUGAGAUGGGGGAGAUGCUGGCAAAAGCUUGGGGGACGAACCUAGGGUCACCGCCAGAGAUGUGUGCGAGCAUGAUCAUGGUUGGUUUGCCAGCUUGUUUGGGGAUUUUGAGUGAGGCAGAUACUCUGAAGUUGAGGACACAUUUGAGGGAUAGAUUUGGGGUUGAAGUGCCAAUAUAUUAUCGACAGAAUGGUGGGGAGAUUGGCCUUGUAACAGGGUAUGCUCGGAUCUCUCAUGAAGUUUACAACACCAUUGAUGAUUAUUUCAAGUUUAGGGAAGCCAUUAACAAACUUGUUCAUGAUGAAUUUACUUGUGCCCUGCUUCCAAAUUGAAAGUUACUCUGUUUUGUAUUCUUGGGCAUUGGGCAUAUUUCCAGUUCAGGUUUGGCAAGUGCAUUGUGCUGUUGAUGUUAAACAUCAAAGAAGAGGGGGAAAAUGUUUCUGUUUUCCACUCCUCUCCCAUGAGUAUGCUUUCAAGAAAUGGAAUGGAAUGAAACAUGUCAUUACCUUCUGCAUACUUGGCAAGAUUGGGUGAUUUAGAUGCUUUAGCUGCCUUCAAUAAUUGGGGAAGAUGCUUUACCUGCCUUUAUUAGUUGUUGAAUAAGACAUCACAGACUAGAUUAGAUAUGCAAUUAGUGUUAUCUUUCUUUAAGAUCCAGUUUUCCUUAAAUUUUCUUUUCCCCUGUUUGUGUUACCGUAUUUUCCCAUGGUUAUCAUGAUUUCUUUUUCUGAUGCAAGGGCUUGGCAGUCAUUCCAUUUUUCUUAUGUAUAUAUCUAUCUUCAUUUUCUAA